GGAUUUAUACCCACAGUGCUUAGCAAAUUGUAAACGCGUGCACCAGGUGUUUUGGAAAAAAGAGGUGAAAGGAGAAAUUUGGUCAGAGUGUUAUUUAGAAGAAACAUCUUGUUAUUUAUCAUGGACCAACCUGCAGUUGAUCAAGGAAUGGGGAUGAAGAGACCAGCUGAAGAGGAUUACAAUAGCAAUGUUCAUGCAAAGAGGGUGAAAGAUGAAGAGGGUGGAGUCAGUGGAGAACAGACAACUCUACGCUUUCUACUUGAGAGCAGGGAUGCUGGUGGUAUCAUCGGCAAGGGAGGACAGAAUGUGAAAAGAUUACGUAGUGAGUUCAAAGCAGUGGUCAAUGUCCCGGAUACCAAUACCCCCGAGCGUGUGUUAACCAUUACUGCUGCUUAUGAUGAUGCAAUGGCCAUAUUUUCAGAAUGCUUACCAAAGAUCGGUGGGCGCCAAUCCAGUUCUAAUGGGAAAGAAAUCCAGAUGCUAGUACAACGAAGUCAGGUUGGGAGUGUGAUUGGGCAAAAAGGACAGAAAAUAAAGGAAACUCGGGAGAAAACUGGAGCACAAAUCAAGGUUCAUUCUGAUUGUUUACCAGGAUCAACAGAAAGAAUUGUGUCCAUUCGUGGUUCUGAUGAAGUUAUUGUGAACUGUGUUAAAGAAGUUAUUGAUCAAUUAAAUGAAUCUCCCUUGAAGGGGUCAGUGUCCUUAUACGACCCAGCUGGAAUGAAUGACUGGGAUUAUGGUGGUGGUUAUGGACCUGGUGGAGGUGGCCGAGGACGUGGAGGAGGAAGAGGACGGGGUGGUCGAGAUGGAGGAAGGGGAGGAUCUCGUGGAGGCCGGGGGGGAAGAGGUGGUUUUGGUGGUGGUGAUAAUAUGGGAUAUGGAGGAAACUACUCACAAGAUUUUGGUGGUGGAAACAUGGGAGGUGAUAUGGGAGGUCAGUGGAAUCAAGGAGGACCUUCAGCAGGAGGAGAACAAACUCAGACACAAGUUACCAUUCCUAAAGAUUUGGCAGGGUCUAUUAUUGGAAGAGGAGGAGAGAGGAUAAGACAAAUAAGAAAUCGCAGUGGUGCAAACAUAAAGAUCGAUGAUCCUCUUCCGGGUUCAAAUGACAGGAUAAUCACCAUUGGGGGCAACCAAUCCCAGAUUAAUUUUGCUCAGUUUCUUCUUCAACAAAGUGUACGACAGUACUCGGGCAAGAAUUACUAAACUUAUCCUGGACAUGUCUGGUCACAUGAUUUGUCAACACCAUUAGCUUCCUAUGACAAGUUCAUGAACUUUUUCUGAACAAAACUCUUUUUUUUUCUUAAAAAAUCCUUAUUUGGAAAAUUUGCAUUUACUUAUUUGUAAAGAUUGCUAUGCUAGUUUGAAAUAUUUCUCUUAACUUAAUUAAUUCAAUUCUGUUCAGAUUUUCAUUUCAUCUUGGUUUUCCAGUGAAGAGUAAUUUGCAUUGUUUUUAAAAGCACUAUACCCACCUUGCACUGAAGAUUGAACAGUAGUUCACUGAAAAAUCAGCUUUAAAAUGCUGGAAAUAAUUUGAUUAUUUUAGCAUCACUACAGAUCAAGUGUAAUAUAGAAAAGUGAUUGAACAUUUUACUGGCUAUUAUUAUUUUUUUGUUGUUGUUAUUUGUCUUUGUGACUGAAUGUGUUGGGAAAUGACUUGUACAUCUGCUUCAAUUAUGUAAUAGAUUCUUAAAUUUGUUGUAAACUUAAUAAAGCUGGUCAACUUGAAAA